AUGGCGGCCCUGGGGGAACCCGUGCGACUGGAGAGGGAUAUUUGUAGAGCAAUUGAAUUGUUGGAAAAACUGCAGAGAAGUGGAGAGGUACCACCACAGAAACUUCAGGCUCUACAGAGAGUCCUUCAGAGUGAAUUCUGCAACGCUGUAAGAGAGGUAUAUGAACAUGUCUAUGAGACUGUGGACAUCAGUAGCAGUCCUGAAGUGAGAGCUAAUGCAACUGCAAAGGCUACUGUUGCUGCAUUUGCUGCCAGCGAAGGGCAUUCUCAUCCUCGAGUUGUUGAGCUACCAAAAACAGAAGAAGGCCUUGGGUUCAAUAUUAUGGGAGGCAAAGAGCAAAACUCUCCUAUCUAUAUCUCUCGAAUAAUUCCAGGUGGAAUUGCUGAUAGACAUGGGGGCCUCAAGCGAGGAGAUCAGCUCCUUUCUGUUAAUGGAGUGAGUGUUGAAGGAGAGCAUCAUGAAAAAGCUGUCGAACUGCUGAAAGCAGCUCAAGGAAAGGUUAAAUUAGUAGUGCGGUACACACCCAAGGUCUUGGAAGAAAUGGAAUCACGCUUUGAAAAAAUGCGAUCAGCAAAACGCAGGCAACAGACCUAA